AUGGAAGAAGAAUCAGUCGACCAAAAUAACCAGCAUGUUUCACGCUUCCUCAACUUCUCUGACCAAAAUAAUCCAUAUAGGAUAGAACACGGAGAUAACACAGCAGCCAGUUUGGUUGCUGACCUCCUAACCACAGAAAACUAUGUUACUUGGUCUAGGGCUAUGAGAAGAGCACUCAGGGCCAAGAACAAGAUUGGCUUCAUUAAUGGGGACAUCAAAAGACCUGCAAUGGUAUCCUGGAUUCACAACUCAGUAAGCAACUCUGUGAGAACUAGUUUGGUGUUUGUUGAUGAUGCUUGUGCUAUUUGGAAAGAACUGCAAGAUAGGCUUUCACAACAAAAUGGGCCACGUAUUUUUCAGCUAAAGAAAUCUUUGGCAAGCCUCUCACAAGGAGAUGAUUCAGUGAGCAUUUACUUUGGAAAACUCAAGACCAUUUGGGAUGAGCUAGCCCUAUAUGAGCCGAUGCCUGAAUGUAGCUGUGGUCAACUAAAGAUCCUAAUGGAGAGGUACCAAAGGGACUGUGUCAUCCAGUUCCUUAUGGGAUUAAGUGACUGCUACUCCAACACUAGGGACCAGAUCAUGCUGAUUGAACCCAUGCCUGCAUUGAAUAGAGUCUUCUCCAUGACUCAACAGCAGGAGAAACAACACCAGAUGAUUUCUGGUACACCUUCCCCUGACCUUAUGGCCAUGUUCACUAAAGGGAGUUUUGGUAACUUCAAGCCUACAAACAGGCAUGAAAGGCCUUAUUGUACACAUUGUAAGAUGCAGGGACACACUUUAGAUACCUGUUUUAAGGCUGGAAAUGCAAAAACACCUGUGUGCAGCCACUGCAACAUGAGUGGACACGUGAUAGACAAAUGCUACAAGCUGCAUGGGUAUCCACCAGGGCAUAAAAUGCACAAUAAAGGAAAGGGAUCAAGUGUUUUUGUUGCUCAAUCGAACAUCCAAGUUGAAGUGGAUCAAGGAGAAGGAGGUGAUGAUAAAAUGGCACUCAUCAAAGGGCAAUACCAACAGCUUCUUGCCUUUCUGCAGUAG